GGAUCGAAGUACCUUUUUCUCGUUGUCGCCCUUAAUUUGUUUUGUUCAUUCAUUGCAUGGCCAGAGUACAUUUACUCAAUUGCUAGAUUAGUGUGAAGAUAUAGAGGACAUUUGUGAACUGGCAAGAGUCCCUGCAGAGUUGGAUUGAUCUAUGUAAAGCAAUAGUUUCAUUGGAAAUGAGCCCAGUGCCUCAUGCUGAAGUAAAACUGUUAUAUGUAAGGUGAAUUGUGCCAAUUAGUAUGAGGGAAGAAAGUGGUAUGGGGGACAGUGAUAAGAUGUCUCUGAAAAUUCCCUGUGUAGAAGAUGAGACCUCCAUCACAGCAGAAAAACCAUACAAAUGUCACUUUUGCAGCAUUGGGUUUUCACAAAAGGAUGACAGAACGCAGCAUGAAAAAAUUCAUUUCGAGGAGAAACCGUACCAAUGUUUGUUCUGUGGUCAAGUGUUUCCAGAAAAGGAUGAAUGUGUAGAGCAUGAAAAAACGCACGUCUCUGGAGAAAAAUUGUACUUUUGUCAGUACUGUUAUUCUUCGUUUUCUCGUAAACAGUCAUUGGUUUUCCACGAAAGAACUCACACUGGAGAGAGACCAUAUCAAUGUCAAUACUGUGGCAAGGCUUUCGUUAAGAAAGAUGCUUGUAAACGCCAUGAAAAAACUCACACUGGGGAGAAGCCUUAUGCGUGUGAAUACUGUGGAAAGGCGUUUUCCCAGAAAGCCCAUUGUGCAACACAUGAAAAAAUUCACACAGGAGAAAAACAGCAUAAAUGUCAGUACUGUGGAGAAAUGUUUUCGCGGCGGGAGGAACGGUUAAUCCACGAAAGUUUUCACACGGGUAUAUACGAGUGUCAGUACUGUGAUGAGGUGUUUGCUCAGAAACGUGACGUCCUUUUGCAUGAAAAGAUUCACCCUGAAAACAGGCCGUUUCAGUGUCAGCACUGUGAUGCGAGAUUUAGAAGUGAACUAAGUUGCAUUGAACAUGAACGAAUUCACACUGGUGAGAGACCGCACAAAUGCCAGCAUUGUGGAAAAACAUUUGCUGUUCAAAGUAAAUACAAAAAGCAUGUGAGAAUUCAUACUGCACCUAAAAGAUUCAAAUGUCAAUACUGUGACAAGUUGUUUCAUAGUCAUGAUAAAUGUGUCAUUCAUGAAAGGGUCCAUACUGGAGAAAAACCAUACAAAUGCCGGUACUGUGAAAAGAGCUUCUCUACCAAAGGCCACUGCGAUUUGCAUGAAAAGACUCACACUGGUGAAAGGCCUUACAAAUGUCAGCUGUGCGAGAGGACAUUUACGGAGAAUUUCCUUUGCGCAGAACAUGAAAGAGCUCACACUGGAGAGAAGCCAUACCAAUGCCAGUACUGUGACAAGGCCUUUUCUUUCAAGGCAUCAUUACGGAACCAUGAAAGGAAACACACUGGCUACUCGAUUGGUGAAAUGACUCGGGCCGCAGUCAAGGAUUUUAAAUUCAAAUGUCAGUACUGUGACAAGGCAUUUUAUAAGAAUGCUAAAUGCAUCGAGCAUGAAAGGAUUCACACAGGUGAGAAGCCAUAUAAAUGCCAGCACUGUGAGAAGACGUUUUCAAGGAAAUACACUUGUAUGAAACACGAGCGGAUUCACACUGGGGAAAAGCCACAUAAAUGUCAGUUUUGUGAGGCAGCAUUCACCCGUAAAGAUGAGUGUGUAAUCCAUGAAAGAACUCACACUGGAGAAAAACCAUACAAAUGUCAAAUCUGCGAUAAAACGUUCAAUCGUAAAAAUCACUGUUUAACCCAUGAAAGGAAUCACAAAGCAAAAAAGCCAAAAGCUGAAAAAGCUGAAAAAGAAACCAAAAAUAACCGUGCGCCUGUUAAACAAUUAAAAUGUCAGUCAUGCGACAUGACAUUCCAUAGCCGCGUUGAGUUAUUAAAUCAUAAGAAGAUCCACAUUGGGGAAGGCACAAAGAAGAGCACAAAAAGUAGCAAGACAUUUUCAAAACAAGAGAAAUCUGUGAAAUGUGUAAAGACUCGCACUAAGAGAGACGUCUACAAGUGUCAGAAUUGCGUUGAGACCUUUUCCACCAAGACCCUUUUGGUAAAACAUGAAAAAAGCCAUUCCAAAGAGAGGCGGAAAACAUCACCCAGCAAACAAAAAAAGAAAACAGAUGGGAAAGUAGCCAAGGGGAAACUGAAGCAAAGAGGUCAUAUAGUUAACAAAAAGACCACAAGGGGACCUAGAACGAGGGCAAAACGGAAGGGAAAUAGUAGAAAAUGUGAAAAAAAUAUUACUGGAGGAUCUGUAUUGGAGGAUACUUUGACAAAAGAAAGUGGUCAAAGUCAAAGCACUCCCAGUAAAUCGACCUCUGUGGAGGAACAAGAAGAAAAGUUAAACUUUUGUGCACUUGGUAAUGGCAAAAACACAACAAAUGAAUGGGAUGUGAUAGAUAAUCUUGAGGAAUUGCACAGCAAAUUUAUUAAAACAGAAAAUACAACAGAUCAACCAUUCUCAGAAGCUACUGUAAAAGAGGAAACCCAUUUUGAAAAUGAGCAUCAGAUGUUUGUACCAACAUCUGGGUUACCAGAUGUAUCAGAAACACUUUCCUAUAACCCAAAUAUAGAAGAUGCUCCUGAAAAUUGCAAUUUCGAGGAUUUUGUCGAGAACAGUAGAAAGCUCUUAACUAACUGUGACAGUCGGGAUGACAUGUCUCGAGAAAGGUUGAUGUUUUUAAAACAUGACAUUAAAACAGAACCUGUAUAAAGUUAAAAGAUGAGAGAAAAAGGUGCUUGUGAACAUAGCAUUUAUAAGGAGUCAAAUUAUAUGAAAUACCCAACAAAAUUGGCCUCGUUCAUCUCUGAAUGCACAGGGACACAUUAUGCACAUCAUGGUAGUUGGGUUGGCAGUUUUAUGCUGAUUGUUUAUUUGCUCGGGUUUUUUUUUUUUUUUUUU